GGUGGAGCUCACAAAGACUUUAUAGCUAAGCCUCCACCUCCAUCCUCUGUAUUGCCUAUAGUCAGAGAACAUCCACACACAGCAGAAUGAGAGGCAUUGUGUUCUUGUGCUUCCUGGGAUACUCCUUUGCACAGUCCUCUUACUCCUGGGAUGGGCCUGGGGGGGCCCCCUCUCCCGACCCCGACACUAACAACGUGUGCCUGUCUGAUCCGUCGACCUGCGGCUGCUGUCUGAUGCAGCAGCAGAUGUGGCGGAUGGAGAAUCUCUUCAACAUGAGCUUGAGCAAGUUGCAGAAGGGUCUGGACAGAGCUCACAGCAUCCUUAACCACAUGCGCUCAAGCCGCAGCGCCUUCUCAGUGGCUCUGACCGACACUCGGCGCUGCGUGGGUCCCAACCGGGAAGACAUUGUGGUGAGGUACCAGAGCAUAUUUCUCAACUUGGGUGAUGGCUACAAUGUCAGCACGGGCACCUUCACGGUGCCACGCUCUGGCAUCUAUGUCUUCGCCCUCACCGUAUACAGCACCGCGGGUGCUCCUGGCAGCUCCCUGGCUGCCUGUGCUCACCUGCGGAAGAACGGGGUCAUGAUGGCAGGCCUCCGCGAAAUCAACAAUCAAGACCACGAGGACAGUGCCACCGUAGUCCUGGCCAAACAGAUGGAUGCCGGGGACCUGGUAGACGUGAUCCUGCCUGCCUCUUGCUUCCUGUGUGAUGACAACAGCCACUACAACACCUUCACUGGCUUCCUGCUUUAUGUUACAGAUUAAAAUCCAUGCUAGUCCUUGGCAGCAGUUGUCUUCCAAAUGGGUGUUUUGGAGUUCUACCACCUUAAUCAGUUCUGGCAUCAGCUUUAAGCUCCAUGACAUUGUCUUUUAACCAGUGGAUUUUGUUACCUCUUAUAAGUCCGUGUCUGUUAUAGAUGAUCCUUGGAAUCAAGGCCAUGUAUCCUUGUGCUCCAGUACCACAAUAGCAAUCGAAAUAUCAAGGUAUAAAGGGUCUUCCCAUUGUCAUUGCAUUCCAGGGUAAACCUAACCGCUCCAGUGUACAGUCUUUAUGCUGUGGAAAUGUAUAUCCCACUUAAUAGUUGUUCAUCCUCAUCUUUUUCUUUCCCUAAAUUAUUAGCCCUUAAGUAAAUGUCUGAUCAUAUGACUUGGUGACAUGGAACCAAAUGAGAUUCCUCAAAUUAAUUGGAAAUAAA